CACAUGUUCUGUCAUUAAAGCAAGGUUAUCGAAUGUCGAAACUUCGACCGAAAUGAUAUCCUUUCCAUGUUAUGCAUUUUUAUCGACGGCGGUCCCUCGAUCGACUUCGACUACUGCGCCGAGACGAGCUUGGUUUGGACGACGCCUUGUCAAAUCUAUCCCGGCUGCGGCUAACACGCCGUUCUGGACUGCGACCGCGGCGGUCCGGGCUACGGCGCCGGGUCUCUGGACUUCGCCGCCGGCUUGGCUCGGGACUGCGGCGUCGGAUUGGCUCCGGACUGCGGCGCCGGCUAGCUUCAGGACUACGGUGACGAGUACUAGGCCGAUCUGGGCUUCGACGAGACGAGGUGGGGGGCUUUCUCGCAAAAUCUUCGUCGUCGCCGCCGACUGAGUGGCUGAUUGGUUCGUUGGUGUACAUGGCACUGUAACUGGCCUUCAAUCGCGCCAGAGCCGCAGCUUCGCGAUCAGCUUGACUUACGGGAGCUUUCUGUCGUCGCUGGCCAAAGUCAUCGUAGCCAUCUUCAGCGACUUCACGGCGACCGGACGCCACCCGUUCUUGCCGUUCGUUGAACCCGCCACCCGCGCCAUCACGUUUCUCGUCGGGUCCUAAGGACGCUUUGGGGGCUUUGCAUAUGUUGCACUCAUUGCGGCGUUCCCAGUUCAUGUUGCCACACUUGCCACAAGCCCAGUCAGAGGGACCGAAUAAGCCCGUCUUCUUCUCCCCGCCAAAUUGACGGUCGCCGAAUGGCUUUUUCGGAGCAUCUACACGCGGAGUGAAGCACCGAUUGCACUCCAUGCGACGGGCAAAGUUGAUGUUCCCGCAUCCUUCCUUUGGGCACACCCAAUCGCCAUCAGUGCCCAGUCGCGGCGGCGGACCUCCCCCCAUCAUGUUGUCUCCACACACAAUAUACGAAAACUCACAUCCGGAAAUAUAUAUCCGAGUCCGGAUAAACGUUGAAGCGGUAGGUAUUUUUUCAAAAGUCCUCAUGCCGAAGCGUCGCCACCCGUCCAAAGUAUGCGCGGCGGCAACCAUCAACGAAGAAGACGUGGCCAAGAGGAACGACGUAUGGCACAGCGAUGUUGUGGGGUAUGAGCUCCGGUCCUCGGGGUUUCUUGUGGUAACCGUUCAGCGGUGCAUUCCGCCGGACUUGGUGAUGUCGAACGUGUUCAUUUACUUUCGAGGCGGUGGACCAGGAGGGGUAUGGUGGGUCAGUCAUGCUAACACAACAGGGUGUGUGCUAACAUGCACUUCCAAGUCCAAACUGCCUCACAGUGAGUGGGACGUGACACCGCCGCUUGUCGACGGUGAGAACAUCGUCCUCCGGCAACGAACAAAGCUACCCAAAGGCGACCCGCCAUCGUCCUUCACCGCCGACUCCUCCGUGCCCCCAGCCACUAUCUCCUGUGCAAUUCUGCCGCCGCUGGUGUCGUACUGUCGUACCACAGUGUUCAACGUGUUUGAGAUCAACACGGUGCUGCAAACGUUUCGCGCAGAUGCCUUCUUUGAGCUGCGGUUCCGCACCAUCGCUGCGUCCGACGUGCCCCAAGCCAGCGUCGUGGACCUCCUAGACAGUCUGUACAUCAACACUUCCGUGGUCGAAUGUUUGAACACGGCGUCCGUAGAAGGAGACGUGCAGUCGUGGUCGUCGUACACUCCGUCCACGCACCACAAAGGCACACUCAUGGACUACUUUUUAUUGAAACUUCGGUUCAAGGGGUGCUUUUCGGAAAUGCUCGAGCUGUGGCCGUUUCCUUUCGACACACAAGGCCUGACCAUGUCCUUGACGAUCAACCGCCCAACGUCUUACGUCGUGUUUCGCAGCAACGACGACUUUCCCAGCGUGUUCUUGGUGAAUCGGUUUGCCAUCUCCAAUCUGUUCCACGUCGUCACCGCAGAGCACGUGCUGCCUCGAGUGGGGGUGAGCGACCCCGCCGAGUCGUCACAGGGGUACCGGUACAGCUGCAUCGAUUUCACCGUCAUACUCCAACGCAAGCCAGGGUACUACGUGUCAAAUGUGAUGGUGCCAAUCACGAUUCUCACGUACUUGGGGUUUCUCUCGUUUGGAAUUGAGAGUUUUCGGACGCGAAUGGCCACGUCGAAUCGCAUUUCCAUCUCCGUGACGCUACUGCUCACGGCCGUGGCCUACAAGUUUGCGAUUGCCGGCGCGCUGCCGCAGAUCUCGUACCUGACGUCGCUGGAUUGGUACGUCACCAUGUCAUCCGUGGUAAUGGUGGUCGUGACAGUCGAAAACGCCGUGUUCCCGUGGCUGUGCGUCACCACAGCAGACGACGAUGUAUGUUUUGACACGGAGCAAACCGUAAUGUGGACGAUGUUUGUCUUGUUUACGGGCGGGGUGGUCGGCAGUGUCGUCGUCAUGUGGUGGGCUAGUGUGCGUCGACGGAACGUCAACGAUACCCUCGUGGCCCAACGCCAAUUGCGGCUGUUGGCAGCCAAAGACUACCCGACGGCAUGCUACAAGUCGCGUCGAGCGAUGGUGGACCACGUGUUAGCGAAAAUGAACUUACCCCGGCUGGAGUGGGUGCACCAAAAGACCAACCACGACACCAGUGGGCCCUAUGUCGGCCACGUGAGCACCGAAACAGCCAAGGCUCACUUGGCUGCGUUCGUUGCAGCCGAGCACCGAAACAUAUGUGAAUAAUAGUAUUCCACCUUGUGCGCUACGUUGGCUAUAGAGGGAGGGUUCUAUACUUAUGUUAAUAACUGGGGGACGUUUGGA